GGACGAGUCAGUACGUAGUGGAAGCCCAUCUACGUUCUUCCUGCACUUGUGCUUCUUCCUAGAUCUUCCCCACUCCAAACCAUCAGCAGCAGCCGAUUCCAGAGAUCAUGUCCAGCGAACACCCCCAGAUCGUCGGUACGCUGCCCCCGUCUGCUGCGGCACCCGCGGUGGCCAAUGGCAGCAGCGCCGUGCCGCUCGAGAAGCGCUCGGCGUCGCACCACCAGCCGACAUCGUUCAAGGCUGAGACGACGACGUCGAACAACCUGGGCACGUUUGGCGUCAAGUCUGGCCUGGCCCAGAUGCUCAAGGGCGGCGUCAUCAUGGACGUCGUCAACGUGGAGCAGGCUCGCAUCGCCGAGGAGGCUGGCGCUUGCGCAGUCAUGGCCCUCGAGCGAGUCCCAGCCGACAUUCGCGUCGAAGGCGGUGUGGCGAGGAUGAGCGACCCGGGCAUGAUCAAGGAGAUCAUCGAGGCUGUUUCUAUCCCUGUCAUGGCCAAGUGCCGCAUCGGGCACUUUGUCGAGGCGCAGAUCCUGCAGGCACUCAACGUCGACUACAUCGACGAGUCCGAGGUGCUGACGCCCGCGGACGACUUCCACCACAUUAACAAGCACAACUUCAAGGUGCCCUUUGUGUGCGGCUGCCGUAACCUGGGCGAGGCGCUGCGGCGUAUCAGCGAGGGCGCCGCCAUGAUCCGGACAAAGGGCGAGGCAGGGACCGGCAACGUCGUCGAGGCCGUGCACCACCAGCGCACCGUGCGGGCCGAGAUCAACCGGGUGGCGAGCAUGUGCGACGAGGAGCUGUAUGCGUACGCAAAGGAGAUCGCCGCGCCCUUCCACCUCCUCAAGGAGACGGCCCGGCUCAAGCGGCUGCCCGUCGUCAACUUUGCGGCCGGUGGUGUGGCCACGCCUGCCGAUGCGGCCCUCAUGAUGCAGCUCGGCUCCGACGGUGUCUUUGUUGGCAGUGGCAUCUUCAAGGGCCAGAACCAGGCCGAGCGGGCCCGCGCCAUCGUCCAGGCUGUUGCCCACUACGACGAUGCCGAGAAGCUGGCCCAGAUCUCCGAGGGCCUUGGCGAGGCCAUGGUCGGCCUCACCAUCACCGACAACAUGAAGGGUGGGCGCCUGGCAGGCCGAGGGUGGUAAUUGCUCCCUUUCUCCUUCCGUUGCUUCCUUUAGACCCCUCUCUCUCUCUCUGACUCGCGUCGAGAGGCGGAGAAAUAAGCGCAUACAAGGAGAGAAGAAAAAGUACAUAAGAUUACAGUCCGAGAAAUAAGAAAAAGUACAUAAGAUUACAGUCCGAGAAAU